AUUGCUGUCACCUACACACCGUUAAGCCCAACAGUAAACAUCGCUGCGUUUGUCGGUUCUCGCGCUCGCUGGUCGUCGCCUCACCUUCGUUGUUGGUCGUACAUUCAUGAGGCAGUGGGAGGAUGCCCAGCACCCCUAGCCGGUCGCAUGAGAAUGAUAUCAUUGGUACGAAUCCACCAAGGGGUGACCGAUUUGAUAUUGGUACAUAUACAGACUUCAUUACCCUAUAUGCUGAGACGGAGGAGAUUUUGCUCUCACCACAAGACUUCCCCACGAUCCUCGCCGAGUCGUCGACUGUCAACCUUCCCAAUGGCGAAUGGCUCAGCUUGACGCUAACAGGCAUCUGGGGCACGUGUGGGCAUGGACACCAGAUUUUCCAUGCUGGAACUGCGGUGGAGGGUAGUGUUGAAUUGGAUAUGCAAUAUGCACACAUGGCCAAAGGUCUUGUGGUCGAGAUUGUAGGCUUUGUGAAGACGUUCGUCGGUGACGAACUCUACUUCCUGCGUUGGAAGAAACCGUUUUCGUCUGGUCGCUUUGAUUCCAACAUGAAAAAAUGUGUUCUACCGUUCUCAUUUACACUUCCUGAAUAUUGCACACAAGGACCGACAGCUAUUAAAUUACCACCGAGUUUCAAUAAUACAGAUGGCGACCCCGGUCUUGGGCCUCAGGCGAUCCAGUACCGAUGCCAAGUCAAAGUGCCGACCAGCAAGUGGUUUGCCGAUAAAACCCUAUACCAGACAUUCCACUUCCUGCCACGGACGCGACCCGUCCAAGUGACCGCAGAGCAUGAGGAAGACCUGUAUCAAAAGUUCACUAAUACGAUAUCCGGCAUCAUCUUUGGCCAGCGAAAUGUUCAGGUCCAGUGUGUACUGUCGCUGUCACGCCCCCUAGUAUAUUCUCGAGGAGAGAGCAUCAAGUUUAUUCUGUCGCUUUCGUCGUCUGAUCCACAGGCGCUAGAUUUGCUGUCGUCAGCAGAGGCGAUAUCCGUCUGGCUACAGCGGAACGUUCGUACUGUCGCACCCGCGAGAUACGACGUCGUCAGUGACCUGUCAAAUAACUGCUCGCGUCGAGUGGUAGACGCAGUCAUUGAAAGAGCACGGGAAACUUCUUGCGAGAACAUGCGAGUAUGGAAAGGGUUCAUUCCUGUCGAUGAGGGGCUCGCACCGCACUAUUUCUUCCCUUCCUUAUCUGUCAUCUACGGUAUAUCCGUCAUGAUCCAAACGACGGGAUUCAUGAUGACCUCGUCAACCGAAGACCCCGAGUCUUACGUGCGCGAAUUGCUCAUGUUCGCACAACUCGUCGACUUACCAGACGAGGCGCUUGCCGAUAAACCCAUAUUUCUCGUACCGGUCGGCAUUGCGACCGAUACUGCGCACGUUGCGCUGCCGAGAUGGAGUGCGCCAACGGAGCCUCCGCCGUACCAGGUGUGACGUGGAGAUGCAGUGCAGGGAAGAGUUUGUCAAGUGGGGAAGAGGCCACUGAGAGCGACAUUGGGGCUGUCAUG